GAACUCGGAUGACGUGUACAUGUUGUUGAGAGGAAUUGUGGUCCCUUAAACGUAGUCAUUCAAAAGAAAGGCAGAAUACGUUCCUGACUAUGAUUAGUCGUGUGUAAAUUCUGUUGUUUUAUUUUUGUUUCUUUGUCUGUUUAAUCGAUAGGCUUUUACGCUUACUUCCGAUCUGUCCACGUUUGCGUGUCGAGCCUUUUUACUUUAACGCAUGUUAAUCGUACAGCCUAACUUUAGCUAAAGUACACAGACGUACCAUGAAAGCGCUGAUCCUCGUUGGCGGCUAUGGCACCCGGCUGCGCCCCCUCACCCUCAGCGUGCCGAAGCCGCUGGUUGAGUUCUGCAACAAGCCCAUCCUGUUACACCAGGUGGAAGCUCUGGUCAAGGCUGGAGUCAACCAUGUAAUCCUGGCUGUGAGCUACAUGUCAGAUCUACUGGAGCGAGAGAUGAGGGUCCAGGAAGAAAGACUAGGAAUAAAGAUCUCCCUCUCUCAUGAGAAGGAGCCUUUGGGGACAGCGGGGCCUCUGGCCUUGGCCAGGGAUCUGCUCACUGAUGACUCUGAGCCCUUCUUCGUGCUCAACAGCGACGUCAUCUGUGACUUCCCUUUCGAGGAAAUGCUCAGGUUCCACAAGAAUCACGGAAGGGAUGGGACUAUCGUGGUCACCAAGGUGGAGGAGCCCUCCAAGUACGGAGUGGUCGUGUACGAGGCGGAGAGCGGCUGCAUACACCGCUUUGUGGAAAAGCCUCAAGUCUUUGUUUCCAACAAAAUCAACGCGGGGAUGUACAUUUUCAGCCCCUCCAUACUGGAUAGGAUACAGCUGAGGCCCACCUCCAUCGAGAAGGAGAUCUUUCCAAAAAUGGCCCAAGAGGGACAUCUGUAUGCCAUGGAGCUUCAGGGGUUCUGGAUGGACAUUGGCCAGCCCAAGGACUUCCUGACAGGGAUGUGUAUGUACCUACAGUCCGUGAGGCAGCACAGUCCAGACAGACUCCGCACUGGGCCUGGUUUCCUGGGUAACGUCCUUGUGGACCCUACCGCUCAGAUCGGGCAGAACUGCACCAUCGGACCCAACGUGACUCUGGGCGCUGGGGUAGUGCUGGAGGACGGGGUGCGGAUCAAGCGCUGCACUGUGCUGAGGGGAUCUCGGGUGCGCUCCCACUCCUGGCUGGAGUCCUGCAUCGUGGGCUGGAGCUCCUCCGUUGGCCAGUGGGUACGGAUGGAGAACGUCACUGUGCUGGGUGAGGACGUCAUCGUCAACGAUGAGCUGUACCUCAAUGGGGCCAAUGUGCUGCCUCAUAAAUGCAUCUCCGACUCUGUGCCUGAUCCGAGCAUCAUCAUGUAGGGCGGGGUGGGGGGUGGUUGACGAGCAGGACGUUCCUGCACUGAGCCUGGGCAGCAGCCACAAGAGGAGGGGGCUUGACUGGAACAAAGGGGCUGGAGUCACAGGCUGGGCUUGUGUGAGAUUCGCUAUGCAUAAUGGACAGUAGCUAACGAUCGCCAUAUGGUUGCGUGUGUAUGUCGCUGUUUGUGUGAGGGUGUUCUAAUCAAGGAAAAAAAAAAUCAAGUGCUGAAGGUAGUAGAAAUUAGGCUUUAAAAGCUACAUCGGGUGCUACCAUCGUUUGCUGCCACUCAUGCCUGCAUUUAGCCGAAUGGGAAAAUUAUAAAGUAGCUGCCAAGAAUUCGGCUGAACGCAGCGUGGGCUGAGGGAGCCUGAUAUGUCGCCCCGCCUCGGGCCUUUCAGAGCCUCAUCUCGCCAUCAGACCUAGAGAUCAGACCAUUUCAUCAGGAUGAGGACGUAUGACGUGAUUCUUUGGAACGUGUGUCGGAUUUCAGCUUAAGGAUAGUGAUCCAGUGUGUGCUGAUGUGUACGAAGAAGGAAUCGGGGGAGGAUCUACCAGCCGUCAAUGGAAAAUCCAAGUGCACAUACCCGCUGAUUUAAAGAAGGGUUUUGUAUGUACAGUCCUUGGUAACAGAUACAUGGUAUGCAUUGAGAUGUGAAACAGCUAUUACAGGGGUAAGAGUAAUUUCAAAGUAUUUAUGCCUUAAAUAGCUGUUAUUUCAUAGCACUUAAUAUCGUCGCUGAGCCAAAGGCCUGUAUGCAUUAUGUCAAUGCAAGUAUUUGCAAAAGGGGGGGAAAAACAUACGUAUGAUUUCUGGGCAACUUUAAGUUUAGUCAGGCAAGCUUUGCGAAUGCUGGUCGCAGCUGAUCACAUGCUAAUCUGAUAAUUUCAGUCUGGUCACAUUUCAUACUGACAGUCAUUCCUAUUAGUUUCACGAAUCUCUGAAGAAAUGGGUUGAACGGCUGUAAAUCAAAUAGUAUAUUAUUCUCUGCCAAAGGGAAUGUGAGAUUACCUAUGAGAACUCUUUUUGGAAAAAGAUGUGUAUUAAACGUACAUUGUAAAAGUAUCAAGAAAUAUUCAAUAUAUAGAAUACAGUGGUGGAUGUCAGACUUAAGCUCUGCUCACUGUACACGGUGGAGAAGUGUCCCAAUGAACAACACCUAAGACUCAACAAUAUCCAAGACUAAAAGUUUCGUUUUUAAUAAUAAUAUACCGUAAUUAACCGUACUGGCUUGUCAUUUUAAACCUUAGUCUUGUAAGAAUUAUAAGCACACAUAUUUCGCUUUUUUUACGAUUGUGUUUCAGUGUGAAGAGGUUUUCUCUGACAUUGCCUCUUGUGUUAGUUGGGAGUCUGAAAUAGCAGUUUUUUCUGUCAAACGUCUCUUCCGAUCCAGUUAUGGUGAUUCGAUACGAUGCCUCGUGCCUCAUCCUCUCUGCCUUGUACGUGGGCGAUGUUAGGCCUAAUAAAUACGAAGGACGAACAUUUACUUAAAAAGUUUAAAUAGCAGUGCGUCGAAUAGCCUAUGAACAUUCAGACAAGUAUGCAUUUGAAAUUAUCAUGACCUAAUAAAACUCAGAAAUGCAACGCGACACCUGCGCGAUUAAACAGUCAUGUUUGCGUGGGUUUGUUAGUUAUUUUUGUGCCACCUCAAUUCUUCCAUAAAAAGACAAAAUUGUGUGGUUGAGGCCACAGGAAACAUCCUCCCCUCGGUCCGCCAGCAUGUAAAUAACAAAGUAUGUGAAACAUUGAAUUCCUGCGACCUUGUAUCGCGCGCUAGCUGGUGAUGUCAUGCCUUUUUUGGGGGGGGGGUUAAGUUGGGUGUUCCUGAUUUGUAAGAACAACAAGAAAAAAAGUUCAGUCCAUAAGGAUCAUUUUUAUUGGUCGAGCGACUGUUCUUUUUGACAAGUUUAUUAUAAUUGGUUGGCAAAGUUUUGCAGGGAUUCCCAGCCGGGGCUGUGGGUUAAAAGCUGCGCUGUCGCAUGAGCGCCACAGUGCGGGCGAGCGGGUCUGAGAAGCGGCGGCGCUGUAGUUGUGAUACUGAAAACGGACGGCUUGAGACGCGGCUGGGAUGGACCUCAGCGCCGGUUUGCAGAAGGUGAGCUCGGAUGCGAGUUUGACUGCGUGCCGUCUGCCGGUAACCUGGAGCGCCAGCUCAGCGCAGCUGGGUGACAUAACGCGCACAUGUGCAUGAUUGGCAUUGCUGCGGAAGACUGGGUUUUAAGUUGAUUGUAAGUGAACGAUCGUGGCUUUGUACGAUUUUUAUGUUACUCAGUGAUGCACAACAUCAUUAGUACCGUACAUGCAUAUAAUAAAAGGUAUUAAUUAUUA